CUUACCUGCUGUCCUGCUUAUAAUGUUGGCUGUUCGCCUGGAAAGCAACAUUUCUGAAGGUGAUCGAUUUAUUCGACACAUUGGUAUAUUUUUUUCAAUUUUACCAUUCCGGCAGAUGAUGAGUCAAUGAAGGAUAGUCAAAGGAAGGUUGUUUCGAAGAACACAAAGAAAUCGCAGAGCGUCCGUUACAAGAGGAGUCUGGCUUUGGGAAUGACGUAUAUGUCUGACACGACAUUUCCUUCCCAAGUUGAUCAGGUUGUUGAACAUACGACCAUGAAGGGGUCACAUGAGAAGGAAAUUGAAGAUAAUGGGGAGCAGGACAGUGUUCAUAUGGACCAUACAGCAGUAACAAAUUGUGAAAAGAGACGAGGUCGGUCUCAGGGCUUGGGACAGAAACGAAAAACGGCGACUAAAGUCUCCUUACCUGGGAAGAAACGGCGUUCGCGAGGCAAAGUCAGGAAGUCGAAAUCUUUCAUAUCCACGUCCUCUGACGGUUCAUUGUCAGAAUUAGAACUGCCGCCAGCGAAGAGGACGAAUGCAGAAUUGGUUCCGUCUCUUCGCCCAUUCAUCGUGUCGACGUCCAGCGGGGAUCAACCGGACGAAUCGUCCUCGGAAGAGAUUAUCCGUCCGAGAAAUAGGAGAGGACUCAGUGAAGAACGCCGUCAGGGUUGUUUCAAAGUGUUUGACCGUGUUUAUAACUUCGGGUGGAGUGAGCCGUUCAGAUUUGAAAUUCGAAGAGACCAGGUACCGGAUUACUUCAGUGUGGUCAAGAAUCCUAUGUACUUUCGCCUCAUCGCCUGCAAGCUGAGAAGGGGAGAUUACUCUAGCGUUAAGGAGUUUGUGUCGGACAUGAAGCUUGUUUUUGACAACUGCCGUCAAUACCAUAGGCCAAACCCACUACCGAUAUCGCCCAAACUCCUUGUGGCAGCUACCAUGGUUGAAGGUUACUUGGCCAAAGAACUCCGGAGCACAUUCCCAGACAUUGAUUUCACAGGAUUGUUGGGAUCACCAUGCUGAUGGGAGCCUCAUGUUGAUGGGAUCACCUUGCUGAUGGGAGCUUCGCGUUGAUGGGAUCACCAUGCUGAUGUUAAUCAUCUAAGACAAAACGUCCGGGAGAGUAAAGGGACACUACUGCAGGGCUAUGCAAUAUGGAGACGUUUCAAAGAUAGUAUUUGACAGCCAAGUUACCAUCAAGUUUUCAACCUUUGCCACCACCGGUUAGCGCACCUGCAUGGAUUGUUUUGGAUUGUAUCAUGGGUCUCGUUAGAGGUGCAUGUAUUACAUGUGCUUUGGAAGUCUCACGAUUUGUUUGUAUUAAGAAUAACCAAGAAGGGAGGCAAACUGUAUUCUGUUGUCAUGAUGUAGUGUGAAAAGAUGUACGAUAUAGAGUAUUAGCAUGCUUGAGAAAGAUACAUUGCAAGAUGCCGUGUGCCUCAUGCAAGUUGUGCUGCGUCUUAUCCAAGAUAUGAUGUAACCUGUGCAAGAUGCACUGUUGCUUAAUAUACAAGAAGGACCGUGCUUUAAAGAAGAUGCGCUGUGUUAUAUAUGCAGAAUGAACACUUACCUAAAGAAGUUGUGUCUUAGACAACAUUGAACGGGAAGCCAAAACUCACGAUAGUUUAAAAGCAAAAUCUUGUGAGAGAAUUAAGAGAGAAAGAAGUUUCAGCACCCUUUCAUAAGAAACGUUUAUGCUUCCACGAUACAAUGAACACUUCUCUGCCACACUUUUUGAACAGCAGUAGGUGGGCAUCACAUUUUCGUAAACAUGUUCCGAGUGUUUUCUGGCCUUUCUAAUAAAUCAAAUUCACUGAACAAAAAUGGAGUAUAAACAGGUUUUUUUCUUGUUCUUUUCUUUUUUCCAAAUGUAAGAAAUAUACCGUCGAGCUUACAACAUGUUAGUUUUGAGAUUGGGGUGAUGCCGUCUUGUAUGCACCAUUUUUCAUAGUCAUGUUUAAAUCACAACGUUUAUUGUAUAACUGGUUUUCCAGCAACCUGCGGAUGGUCGUGGGUUUCCCCCGGGCUGUGCCCGGUUUCCUCCCACCAUAAUGCUGGCCGCCGUAAUGUAAGUGAAAUAUUCUUGAGUACAGCGUAAAACACCCAUCAAAUAAAUGAAUAUGUAUUGUACAUCUAAAUGCCAUUUUUGUUGUUCAGUCAUUAUUUAUUAGACGAGACUGUUGAUGCUGGUAAUGCUUAAAUCUGUUCUGUAUUUGUAAUACAGACAUUCCAUUAUUACUUUUUAUGGGGUAAUUUUUACUAAGUGAUUCGAUCUUCAUUUUCCUAAAUUUUUAAGAACAUCACAUUUACUUUUUAACGUGGUAACUAAAAGUGUUAUAUAAGGGCUUUAGUCAGACUUUCAGAGUAUAGGGAUCUCCGAUAUUCAUCUUGGUGUGAAUUUGUCAAUAUUUUUAGUUUAUAGUGUCUAAAAUGCAGGGUUUUAAUCAUACUUCAAAUUUUGACUUCUGUCAAUAUGUUUUGUGUGGUGCAAACCCAAGUGUCUUGUUUCCGUCAAUAUGGGCUUUGUGGUAUUGACCCAAGUACCUUGUGGCCGUCAACGUGGACUUUGUGGUACUGACCCAAGUAUUUUGCUGCCGUCAAUAUGGGGUUUUGUAGCACUGACUGAAGGAUUUUGUUGCCGUCAAUAUCGGCUUUGUGCUAAUGACCUAAGUAUCUUUUCGCUGUCAAUAUGGAUUUUGUUGCAUUGAAUUGUUAUCGUGUUGCACAAAACCAUUUAGGCUAUGGUAAUGUGAAUUACUAAUUUUGCAAAUGUUGUAAGUUGUUACGGUCAAAGAUCAUUUUAGUUUAAUAAAUAUCUGCAGAAGACAAUGGUAAUUCUUGAAGACGGCUGUUGACAUAGAAAUAAUAAUAAUAGUGAAAUAAAGUGUAAAAGUGAACAUACACACAGUUUUGAUUUUAGUGUUGUAUCAUGCAAUUGUCAUGUAUUUUUAACUCCAUUGCUGUGCAGGGGACGGUUUCAGGAAGCCACUUAGCUAAGUAAACCCUUAGAUUGCAUGUCAACGUAUGUUGAGAUAUUAAGUACACACAGCUAAAGGCAACUUUACACUAAGUAAGCUUCAUGAAACCAAUCCCAGUUCUUAGAAAACACUAGAAGUUUACCCUGGCAUGGAUAUGUAAGUACUAUGCUAUGUUUUAUAAUUCACCAAAAAGGCUAUAUGUUCACUGUUUCUUUCAUAC